AAUAUUCGCGGCGGCUCGCGAACGGAAUAGUUGGAAGAGUUGUCGUCAGAUGGUGAUAGUGGCGGGCACAUCCGCAGAAUCAAAAAAGACAGCUGGGAAGUGUAACAUCACACAUCGAUUCGGCGGCCCUGCAAGCUCGAAAAACUUUCCGUUUCCGCGUUUCUUGCGGCUGCUGAUGUUUCUUUACAAAGUAAGCGGUAGUUUGUUUUCGUUGGUUUGAUAGGAACGCGUGUGGUGCGGUGUAGAAAGUGACCGUUCUACGAACCGAUGUGCUGAUAGAAACGUGACUGUUGGUUAUGCGGUGGUUCCUGACACGAACAGCAGCCCUUGUUCAACCCCUGUUUCACGAGUCUCGCUGCGACGAAGGAGGGAAGCUCUGCAUGAUACAAGCGUGGAGGUCACUGCAUUGCGAUUGGCGGCGCUGUAGUAGCGUCGACGAGAUACCAACAAGGACGACUACGGCGGCGGCGGCGGCGGCGGCGGCGGCGGUGACGACGACGACGACGACGACGACGACGUCGACGACAACGACGACGACGACGACGACGAGGACGUCGACAAAAACGACGGCGUGA